AUGAGCCGGUUCGGCGGGCGGCUGCGCGAGUACCCGUGGGUGUCCAUCGACCGCUUCGACCGGCACAACCUGCGCGCGCGCGCCUACUUCCUGUCGCACUGCCACAAAGAUCACAUGAAGGGGCUGCGGGCGCCCGCCCUGAAGAGGAGGCUGGAGUGCAGCUUGAAAGUUAACUUAUACUGCUCACCAGUAACCAAGGAAUUGUUGUUGACUAGCUCAAAAUACAAAUUUUGGGAGAAUCACAUUGUUACAUUGGAAGUUGAAACUCCCACUCAGAUUUCUUUAGUGGAUGAAACAUCUGGUGAGAAAGAAGAUAUAGAGGUGACACUUCUACCGGCUGGUCACUGCCCAGGAUCAGUCAUGUAUGUCCCUUCGAUGCUCCAAAUGUCUCUGCUGGGAAAUCCUUCCUGUAACAGUCUCAAUAAGUUUUUGUUUCAAGGUGAAAAUGGCACAGUGCUGUAUACAGGGGAUUUCAGACUUGCAAAAGGAGAAGCAGCCAGAAUGGAGCUUUUGCAUUCAGGGACCAGAGUAAAAGACAUCCAGAGUGUGUAUUUGGACACCACUUUUUGUGAUCCCAAAUUUUAUCAUAUACCAAGCAGGGAAGAGUGUUUAAAUGGGAUCUUAGAGUUAGUGCGAAACUGGACCACGCUGAGUCGCUAUCAUGUUGUGUGGUUGAAUUGUAAAGCUGCCUACGGAUAUGAAUAUUUAUUCACAAACCUCAGUGAGGAACUUGGAAUCAAGGUGCAUGUGAACAAACUUGACAUGUUCAAAAAUAUGCCAGAAAUCCUCUACCAUAUUACUACAGAUCAAAACACUCAAAUUCAUGCCUGUCGACAUCCUCGGGAUGAUGACUAUUUUCGAGGGAACCGACUGCCAUGUGGAAUGACUUCCCAAAACGGAACUCCCUUGCACAUAAUUACCAUCAAACCUUCCACUAUGUGGUUUGGAGAAAGGAACAAAAAAACCAAUGUAAUAGUGAGGACUGGAGAGAGUUCAUACAGAGCUUGUUUUUCUUUCCACUCAUCAUACAGUGAGAUUAAGGAUUUCUUGAGCUAUAUCUGUCCUGUGAACGUGUAUCCCAAUGUAUUGCCACUGGGUCUGACAGAAGACAAAGUUGUUGAAAUAUUAAAGCCAUUAUGCCGAUCAUACAGAAGAAACACAGAACCCAAGUACAAGCCCUUAGGAACACUGAAGAGAGUCCACAAAACACACUUUUCUGACACAGAUGAAGAUGAUCUCUUUGAUACAGAACUAACUUCGGUAAGGCCUAAGAUUCCAAAGCAGCAGACAAAGAGCAGGCCAUUUAAGACACUACCAUGUGGAAAUGCAGAAAGAACCAAUGAAAACACAGAAAGUUACAAAGUAACCACAACAUAUACAUCUCACAAAAUAGACUUCAUGGACUGUGAGGAAUCGAACGAUGAUGAUGAUGAAGAAGAAGAAGAAUCUGAACAAAAUACAGUUGAAGUACUUUCCCAUGAUCCAGAUGCCACAUCAAAUUCCAGUGGAAAAAAACACUCUGUCUUGAGCUCUGGAGUUGCUAGUGACCAAGAAGAGUCUAACGCACACUUACCCCGCUGGGAUGCAUUUUUUAAGUGUAAUAGAAUAGACGAAAGCUCUGAAAACGAGGACAACUUCCCAUCUUCAGCAGAGGCUGGUGGGUCACAGUCACUCUUCAGUGAUUCAGAUGGAGUAAGUGACUCAACACACAUCUCCUCCCAGAAUUCUUCUCAGUCAACACACAUAUCAGAGCAGGGGAGCCAGGGCUGGGAUAGCCAAAUGGACACAGUUCUCAUUACCUCCCAAGAGAGAAAUGCCUUUGAGUUCAGCUGCUUCAACAAAGGUGGGAGCAGAACAGGAGUUUCUAUAUUGCACGAAACCACCAAAGAUAAUCAGGCUGAAAACAGUAGGUGGAAGGCAAUGGGGCAAAACCAAUCUUAUGCAUAUGAUGCUGUCCAUGACUUGAAAAGCAAAGACACCGAGGAAGAUACAGAAACUGACAACACGCAGAUUCAAGAUGUACUACUUGAAGUAAAUGACAAUUCCAGGACUCCUGAUCUAGAACUGAAGAAAGACUCUCAGAGCUCUUCUGACUUUGAAAUUCCAUUGACUCCUGAUGCUGAACUACCUCAGCCAGAUAAACUGCACUUUUUAUAUAAGAAGUUGGCAGCAGGUGAAAACAUACUGAAUGAGAAAAUCUCUCCUGAAAACAGCUUUAAGUGAUUGCACUGUGAAAAUAAUACUGAAAUUUAUUUUUUAAACAUCUCAAAUAUUCUUUAGUGCUAAGUAUUUUCUUGCACACUAAUCUAUACAAUUCUUGAGACAUGUAUUACUAUCAUAGAUAGCUGCAGCCUAACUUUAUUUUUCCUUCCAUGAAAUAUGACAUGAAAGUAUUCUUAAAAGGGACUAUAGAAGCCUUCUACCUCAUACAGUUCAGUUCUCUAGGAGCCUAAGUGGACAGAAAUUAGACUGGACAGAACUAAGACUGAUUUUUCCUUUUUAAAAUCAUAAGCUCUAAAAGUUUGCCUUUGAUACCAAUGAAUGUGAUCUCAAGCUUUAAUGCAAUGUUUUUUUAACUGUGGGAAAGAAUGUGCCCCUUUUCGUGAACAAUCAUGCAAAUAUAGUAGUUACACUUCAGCUGUAUGAGAUCUGAGUUUUUACUUUUUAUAAAAAAUAACUGUGGAAUAGAUUAAAGAAUAACUGAGCAAAGGUUUGGGGGUUUAUUUUUUAAUCAAUUUGUUCUUUUCAAGCAGUCUCUCUUAAUUGGAGCAGGUGUUGUCACCCAGUUUAACACCUUAACAAGAUUAAAAAAAAAAAGUCUAAGAUUUUAAAUCUGACUCAUUAUAAAGAACUAGUCAUCACUUCCUUGGUGUUUUCAUUUGUUCCAAAUUGUCUUUUGAAACUAUUUAAAAAUAAAAUCUCAUGGGAUUUUGGUUCAAAAGCUACCACAAGUAGCCUGUUAAGUCAUAAUAACAGAAAUUAGCCUGUUAUCCUGGACAGAUUCUGUUAUGUUACUUAAGGAUCUCAUACAUUACCCAGUUUUGCCUCCUCUGCAGCAUUCCGUUGACUUCAUUGAACUAAGCCACAUUCAGGUUUUCUUUUUUUUGAAAUCAAGACAAUAGAUUUUCCAUCCACAUUUACCUUGAUAACUAACUUUUUGGAAAGCCCCUAGCUUCUGAAGUGAAAAUUUAACUUCAGAUUUUUGUUAAGUUUCAGUAGCUGUGACAAUAGCCAAACAACAGAAGUCAUCUCUAAAAAUUCAUGUCAUCUCCCACCAUGAGGUUUUAAGUCCCAAAGAAUUAAGACAAUUUUUGGUUUUACAGCUCAUCUCUGUGUACGUUUUAGUUUUUAUACCAUCUUUCUUGAAAUAUGAAUGUUAAACCAGCCAAGAUUCUGCAACUGGGAACAGUGUCAAAAAAACAACAAAUAAAUUGCAGUGAUUUUUCAUAUAUGUGCUGUUUUCAAGGAUAUU